AUGGCUUCGCCUUCUUCGUCCAAGACCAUCGUCUUGAUUACCGGAGCGAACUCGGGCGUCGGCUACGCGAUAGCCAAGGUCCUGGUGAGCACUUCGCCAAAGUACCAUGUCAUCAUGGGCAGCCGGAACCGCGAAAACGGCCGCAAAGCACAGGAGACGCUGGAGCAGGAGUUGGAGCAAGCAUCGACCUCGAACCCGAACCCGACGAGUUCUCUGCUCAAAGGCACCCUGUCAACGGUGACCCUGGACGUGACAGACCAAGCGUCCGUCGAUGCAGCAGUGCGCCAUGUCACAGAUACAUUUGGCAGGUUGGACGUGCUGGUAAACAAUGCGGGCGUCUAUGUGCCGGGAAAAGAGGAUGGCAUCCCCAACAGCAGCAGCAGCAGCAGCAGCAGCAGCAGCCUCACCCAGCAGCUCGAGCAGACCCUUCCGACAAACGUGAUCGGCGUGGCUCGGGUCACAGAGUCAUUCAACCCGCUUCUGAUACCGUCCGAGUCCGAGUCAGAGCCAAAGCCAGAGCCACGCCUGCAGUCGCCGUACCUGCUGCAUAUCACCAGCAGUCUUGGGUCGUUGGCUUUGGCUGAGGACCUCACGUACUCCGUGCGUGCGACGGCGUACCGAGCCAGCAAGGCCGCGCUGAAUAUGUUGGCUGUGCAGGAUGCCAAGGUGCUGGCCGCUCACGGCGUCAAAGUCUUCGCCGUCUGUCCGGGUCUGGUUCGCUCGAAUCUUCGCGGCAAGGAUGAGCAGUCCAGAAGUGCUGGCGGGGCUGCACAAGACCCGGAAGUGUCGGGCCAGCUGAUUCUGGAUAUUGUCGAGGGGAAAAGGGACAGUCAUGUCGGCAAGUUCGUCUACAAGGACGGAGUGAGGCCUUGGUAG